UUAGUAGGUACGCGAAGUGUCCAUGUGACUGUGUGUCACCGCUCAAGAACGGUUCGGAGGGUCUACGCUGUAUCUGCCAAAAUGGAUAGACCUAGCACGAGCCAGCAGUCAAUGGAGAAAUAUUCUGUGCCCAGAAUAGAUAAGCUCCCGACUAGUUCUACGCAGUCUGUGGACAAAGUUGAGAUGUUUGAAGUGAGGGAGCAUGUGCCUUAUCAAGCUGAAGUCACUCGGGCACCAGGAGCAUAUGACGCGGAAAGCGGUGAUGUGUAUGCCAACUCCUGGGAUUCGGCCUGGCUGGCGAUUUGUCAGUUGGUGAACCUUCUUCACCACAUGCAGGUGGCCAUCGUCGUCUUCUGCAUAUGGCACUUCGCGUUGACUGUGGAACCUAGUGGGGCUAUCAGCAAUCUUCAGCUCCAUAUCAUUUUCGCGGGAACCGGCUACCAGCUGUUCCUAGUGGAAGCGGUGCUGACUCUUCACAGGCACAACUCUUGGUCCUUCCAACUGUCCCAGGAUGGCAAGCGGAUAGUCCACGGAUGUCUGCAGCUCAUUGGCUCCCUGUUCGUCAUUGUGGGCUCGUUCUUGGCUUUAGCUGAGACUGACAUGGCAGUCAACACACCUCAUGGAUAUUGCGGCGUUAUCGCACUGGCGUUCUCUCUGGCUAGCUUCUUCUCAGGCAUCAUAGCACUUUUCUCCUCGAAAGUACGUCUCAUGAUCAGAAGUGGACCAGUCAAGAUCCUACAUAUCUCCCUUGGAUUGAUUGCCCUCUCCAUGGGCCUCAUCACGAUAGCCAUAGGAUUCAAUAUGGAUUAUUUCAGCGCUGCUAACCCAGGUCUAUCCACGGCCUUGAUGUGUUUUGUGGUGUUCAUAUUGCUUUAUAUUGUUGUGCAGCCGAUUAUAGACUUGGUUUCCACUACUAGGAAAACCCUGUGACUAAAUGAAAGGCUGUGUCUUCGGAUGGUGAGAGUAUGGUAAGCAGGCUGUAGGUGUAAGUGUAGAAAAAAGAGGCGUGGAUAACAUUUUUGUGUCAUUUUCUCACAUUAUAUAGUCUACAAGAACUAAUACCUAACCCAAAGUCCAGUAACUUCUGUAGGUAUUUGUACUUUUA